AUGUCGCUCUCGUACCAACGCUCUCAUGCUGACGUCAAGAGGAUAAAGGAGCAAGAUGCAGAGAUCCAUUGCUUAAAGCAAGAAACUAUCGACCAGAAACACCGCAUUGACGAGCUGGUAGAGCAGAUGCAGCGUUCGAAUAAAUUGAGGGACGAGGAGCAAGAGCGUAAGGUUGCUCAGCUACGCAGAGAGCUGCAAGACCAAGAUGCUGAUCUGAUCGAAGCAGAACAGACCAUUGAGAUGCUGAUAAGGGAUGUUCAGGUGGCGCGACAGGUGGCGACACGAGCGGAAAAGGCACAACGAGAAGCAGAAGCUGACCAAAUGCUUCGUCACGUGCUCCGAGACAGUGACGAUGAAGGCGCUCAGUCUAUCACGGAAGAACAGCUACGGUCCGAGCUAAAGCAGAUGACAAACGCAGAACAGCAAAGCUCACGUAGAGUGAGCGAGCUGGAACAAGAGCUGGCGGUGUUGAGAGACACUGCAGAGAUGCUGAGUGUGGAGUUGCAAGCGUUAAAGAAUAAGAGACACGAGAUGGAGCAUAGUGAGGUACAGGUCAUACAGGAGCUGGAAGUGACAAAGAACAAAGCGAACGAAGACAUUGAACAUUGGAAGGCAAUGGUGAACAUGCAUCAGGAACUUGUCGCAACGUUGCAGACCCAAGUGAAGGAUUUGCGUUCGGACAAGGAUAACCUGGAGAACGCCAUUGCCUUGUGUCAGCGAUCAGCAGACAAGCGACUACAGGUUCUAGAGUGCGACAGAGAGAAUAUUGAGGCGGAGAACGCUCAACUACUUACCGAGUCGACUAGCAUUAGACAGGAACUUGAAGUCAUGAACCUUAAAUUUUGUCAAUUUGAAGAAGAGGGUUUCAGUGAGACAGCGGAGCUAGAAAUACGACUUGCACAAGCUCAAACGCACCAAGAACAGCUUGUCAGUCGCAUUGCAAAAGUUGAGCAGAAGUUGGCAUCGACAACAUUGAUGACAGAAGUAGCAGACCGAAAUCAGUGGAAGGAGUCGCAGGAACAACUCAUGACGGAGAAAAACGAGCUGCUGCGGCAACUUGAAGAAGAGCGUCGCCAGUGUAAGGAGCUGAAAUGUUCGGCUGCGAUGCUCAAGAAAUCCACAGAGUCAGCACUACAGGAACUGAAGAACGUCGAAGCUGAGCUUCGCACAAUGAACAGCGACUGUUCGUAUAGUGACGGACAGCACGAGUCGUUGGUGGGUCUGGUGAAACAGGUUGCUGCGGAAUUCAAGAGGUACCACCAGCACGAUACCUUAACUGCUUUAUUUAUUAUUACUCUUGUAAAGCUUUAA